AUGACUAAUGUUGCUAAUCAUGUCUGUCUGGUAGUCAUCGAUGGUUGGGGUAUUUCGGAGGAUAGCCAUGGCAAUGCGAUCAAGAACGCCAAGACGCCUGUCAUGGAUUCUUUGUGUUCUGGAAAUUGGACCCAAAUAGAAGCUCACGGAUUGCAUGUUGGCCUUCCUGAAGGACUUAUGGGUAACUCUGAAGUUGGCCAUCUCAACAUCGGGUCUGGCCGUCCAAUUUACCAAGAUAUUGUGCGCAUCAACCUUUCUAUCAAAGAUAACACAUUGAUAAGAAAUGAGAAUCUUGUGUCGGCAUGCAAUCGCGCUAAAUCCGGGAAUGGUCGGCUACACCUUGCCGGUCUCGUGUCUGACGGUGGAGUGCAUUCUCAUAUCGAUCACCUGUUUGCUCUCAUGAAAGCAAUAAAGGAGUUGGGUGUGCCUGAGUGUUACCUUCAUUUCUACGGGGAUGGUCGCGACACGUCACCAACGAGUGGUGCUGGAUUCCUUGAGAAGACGAUCGCAUUCAUGAACGAGCUGAAAUAUUGUCAGUUAGCUACUAUCGUUGGUCGUUACUAUGCAAUGGACCGUGACAAGCGUUGGGAAAGGAUAUGUGUCGCCUACGAGGCUAUGAUCGGUGGUAAGGGCGAGGAAGCUGCGGUCGAUCAGGCACCAGCGCUCGUGCGAAAACGCUACGAAGCGCAAGAAACGGACGAAUUCCUUAAGCCGAUCAUUCUUAACGGCGACAAAGGACGAGUGAAAGAUGGCGAUACGCUCAUCUUUUUCGACUAUAGAGCUGAUCGAAUGAGAGAGAUUUCUGAGGUUAUGGGAAUGGAGCGGCAUAAGGAUUGUAAGUCUUCGCUGCCACAUCCCAAAAAUGUGCAAGUUUUUGGUAUGACACAAUACAAAGCAGAAUUCCCAUUCCCUGCUUUGUUUCCUCCUCUUUCAAAUAAAAAUGUUCUCGCCGAAUGGUUGGCUACUAAAGGUCUAACGCAGUUCCAUUGUGCGGAGACUGAGAAAUAUGCUCACGUAACGUUUUUCUUCAAUGGUGGUGUUGAAAAGCAGUUCAAAGACGAAGAGAGGUGCAUGGUUCCAAGUCCGAAGGUUGCAACAUAUGAUCUGAUGCCAGAAAUGUCAUCGGCCGGUGUUGCCGAUAAAAUGAUUGAGCAAAUCAAUUUAAAGAAACAUCCUUUUGUGAUGUGUAACUUCGCUCCACCUGAUAUGGUGUAUGAAGCUGCUGUUAAAGCGUGCGAGGCAACCGACGCUGCCAUUGGAAGGAUCUAUGAGGCCUGCAAAGCGAAUGACUAUGUUUUGAUGGUAACAGCGGACCACGGAAAUGCUGAGAAGAUGAUAGCUCCAGAUGGUAGCAAACACACAGCACACACUUGUAAUCCUGUACCUUUCACUUGCAGCAGUAGUUCAUACAAGUUCAAGAAGCUCAGCAACCGUUCAGCGGCUCUGUGUGACGUCGCGCCAACAGUCCUAGAGGUAAUGGGACUAGAAAAGCCACCUGAAAUGAGUGGAGUCUCACUUGUCGACAAAGUCUAA